AAUAAGCGUUUCUUGAGAAUAUUACAAUGAUUUCUGAAAGAUCACGCGACGCUGAAGACUGAAGUAGUGCGCUUCACAGGAAUAAACAACUUCUUUUCAAAUAAAAAAUGGUUAUUGCAGCCUCGAUGAACAUUCAAAAGCAAUAAAAAGCGUUUGAACGGCCAGCUGAACUAUUGUAUUUCCAAACGACCUCAUGCGAGGCCUCAAGGUGAAAACAAAUACAACUCCAGGAGCAAACAAUGUGCUCAUUCAGCACUCCACGGACUCUGAGAAAGCGCAGGAGAUCUCGAGAGUAUCGGUGAUUUGCUGAUAGCAUUAAUACGUUUGAAGACAGAAAACCUCUCAGGGUGCGCACGGCUGUCUAAUUGGCAAUUACGGUCAACCGAGACUGGUCUGCGACGCAUCGGGGUUUAAAGAAACACACAUAAAACAGCUGAACGAUCCUCGCUCUUGGCCAGGAAGCGCUUUCUUUUAAGAGGCGAGCGAUUAGGGAUUCUGUUCACCUGCAGACUCUCGUAAUCGAAGGGGGAAAAAAAACGACCGCUGAGAUUCCCACCGCCGCCGUUAGCGGCAGAACUGCAAGCUCAGCCCUCGAGCAAAUCAAAUACUGGAGCAUUAUCACCGUGGGAGAGUCCGGCCCUGAUCAAAUAAGCAGUAACACUGCUACACGCCGGCCUCUUGUUUUGUUUGCGGUGCUUAGAAUGCAAACAGAUUUCGAGUGAAGUAAUCCGAGGGUCCGUGUCUGGCACAGGAGACGUAUCUGGCACUGUGCGCCGUCAGGAAAGGCCCGGCUGCCUUGGAAACAGAGAAGAAGGCGACCCAAAGGAGGAAAGCACUCAAGAAGGGGGCGGGAGGCAGAAGGAAAAAAGGUGGAGUGUUGUAUGGAGAGAGAGAGAGAGAGAGAGAGAGAGGGAACGGAGAGCCAGAGGCAGAGUGAAAACACACUGGAGCCUAGAGAAAGAGCGAGUCCGGCCUCGACUCUGAGACGUUCUUCACACUCCGGCGCUCGCCUCGCUCAUUCACAAAACAGACGCGGGAAGCCGAGAGAGGGAUCAGCACCCGAGGAGACAGCAGGAGGAGGUUAACCGCAAGCGACAGAUGCCACAGACUCCCACAUCCUUGAGAGGAAAGCAGAGGGCUCCUGCCGAAGGGGGUCCCGACAGAUGCGGCGGUCCCUGCGCGGGGCCCUCAGGUGUCUGGGGGUGAAGGUGUGCCGGAGGAGCGCUCUGCUGGUCGUCCUGCUGUGGUUGGCCUCCUGGCUCUUCCUCAACGGCCUGGUGUUCGUGCACAGGAACAUGUUCUCGGACUUCUGCACUGACGACAAGAGCAAAGAGAUCCUGCAGAGGGUGUGUGCCGAGUAUCAGCAGGGAGUUCUGACCGGUGACCUCUGCGAGGACCUCUGCGUGGCCGGCCGUGUGGAAUACAAACGCUGCCUCUAUUACGAGAAUGGCAAGAAGGUCAUGGCCGCCAGCUGGCGUGGGGUGCCUGUGGUGCUCAAGUCGAAGCUGGAGAACUUCUCCUCGUAUGAGGCUUUAGCUCUGCUGGAGUACCAGGAUGCGGCGGGAGGAACGGGAGGAGAGGAGGAGCUCUCGCCUCUGGAUGUCGUCUUCUACGCCACGCUGGAGAUCAAGAACUCUCUGGGCUUGGAGACGGGAACUAACUUGACGUUGCCCCGUUUGUGGGGCCAAAAGCUGAAGGAGAACGAGCGGACGUACUCGCGAGCGGAGCUGGCCUCGCUCUGGGCUCUCCUUCAGCAGGAGGAGUACACCUUCCUCAGGGUCCUGCAGGAUUUAACGCACCACGUGGCCAAGAUCCUGGGCUCCUGCGGUCACUUUUAUGCCGUGGAGUACCUGGCGGCCGGACACGCGUGGGACCAGCACAUAUUCUCUCUGGAGCAGCUGACGCUGAGCCCCUCGCCGGGCCCCUGGAGCGGACAGGAGAAGACGAUAACCGCCAGAGACAUGGUGCCUCGAGUGGCCCUGAGCUUUCUAGAGAUGGUGGAGCAUUUCGAGAAUGACUUUUCCCACAGCUUACACCUCUGCGAUAUCAAACCUGAGAACUUUGCUAUCAGGAAGGACCUGACGGUGGUGGCUAUAGAUGUGGACAUGGCUUUUUUUGAGCCCAAAAUGAGAGACAUACUUGAGCAGAACUGCACCAGUGACAAUGACUGCAACUUCUUCGACUGCGUUUCCAAGUGCGACAAAACUAAAAGCAGAUGUGGACCAAAACGCAAGAACAGCAACCUUCAGGUGAUCUGUGAGAAGAUCUUCAGGCCUUGGUUUUCUCCCACGCUGCUCGGAGCUAAAGCGGGGCUCCCCCUGCAGGUGGAGCUUCAGAGGGCCGUGCAGGAGUGCGCUGAGAUCGACAGCGGCGAGGACGCCAAGCGUACGCGGGCCGUGAGACUACAGCUGCAGGGUCUGAUCGCGGAGCUCAUUCUGGAGGACUCGGGAACCCAGGGAGAAGGCCAGGAACGCGAGACGAGACGCGUCCAUACCGCGCUGAAUUUCUAAACGAAUUCUCGGAAACGGCUACGAAAGGACAAACCCAGUCACGUGCAAUUCUGGAGAACGUCUCAGAUGACGUUAGCAUAGUCGUUUACUGCUAAUAUUGAAAACGUCUGUUACCCUCUGGUGCUGUUCGGUAAUUUUUGAAAGAAAAUAUUUCUGUUUUAUUUACCUCAUUGGAAUGGUACGAAACUUGGUAAAAAGGUUCGCUAUGUGAACACACAGAAAUUAUGGACAAGUUAAAUUAGGUUAAAUUAAAUCUAGUCAAGUGAUGAAUAAUAAUCAUUAAAAAAUAAAAAGUUUUUGUUUACAUUAAUUUAUUAUGUACAUAAUAAUAAAAGCACACAAAUAUAGCUUAUAUUUUGAA